GCACAAUGCGGAAGUGAGCUGUGCUGAAGGGGUCAGAGGCAGAUCCAUCCGGGGCCGGGGAGAGGAAAGAUGAGGGGUGCUGGAGGGGGCCGAGAAUAGGGCUCUGCCUUGUCCCAGAAGGGAUUAUUCAGGGAGAGGAGCCUUCAGGGUGCCUUUAAGGGUCAUGGUUUCCAAAAGAUCCAGAUAUGUAUCAAGGACUUUGUCCUAACUUAGGAAUUGGUGGGGAGAGGGAUAGAGGAAUGGCCUCUGGAUUGUUUUGGUUCAAGGGGGUCUCUGGGAUGCCCCUGUAAUUCUUCCUAAAUCUUCUCAACCUUCUGCUUUAAAAGAAGUCCAGAUUUUGUCUUGAAGGAAAGAUCCUUUAGAGAAAGAGAGAGAGCACACUUUUUGUGGGAUCCAUAGAUUAUUUAGUGGUUUAGUCCUGAUUUUUUUAAAGGGGGAAAAGCUAACUUAAGGAUCUGGAGAGAGAAAGAUAGAGGAAAAGGCCACAACUUAAAGGAGGGAUCCUUUUCAUGCUCCUUUCAUGGUUUCCAAAUCCUCUCAACCUUCCACCUGAAGGACUUUACACUGAGAGGAAGCCAACUUGGGAAUCUGGCCCACCUGUGAGAAGCAUAGGUUAAUAUAUUUGGGGUUUUGGUGAUUAAGGGAGUCCCUUAAGCCUAGCGCCAUGGCCACCCGGCGUUUAACAGACGCGUUCUUGUUGUUGCGGAACAACGCGAUCCAAAGUCGGCAGCUGCUGGCUGAGCAAGUGAGUAGUUACAGCUCCAGCCCUCUGACUUCACGUAGCAUGGCUGCUGCGCUUGCAGAUGAUCGUAUGGCACUAGUAUCUGGGAUUAGUUUAGAUCCUGAAGCAGCUGUCUGUGUAACAAAGAGGCUACCUCCAAAGUGGAUUGAUGGAAUAGAAGAAAUUCGGUAUGAGAUCUCCAGGAUAAAGCAGAAGAUGAAAGAACUAGCUAGUCUGCAUGAUAAACAUAUGAACAGACCAACUCUGGAUGAUAGCAGUGAAGAGGAACAUGCAAUAGAAAUAACUACCCAAGAAAUCACACAGCUAUUCCACAGGUGUCAGAGAGCAGUCCAGACAUUACAUGGCAGGUCUCGAAGCUGUACAGACCAAGAGCGUCGGCUUCUGAAGAAUAUUGUUUCUAGCUUAGCCCAGACGCUUCAGGAUUUGUCCACCAGCUUCAGGCACGGGCAGUCUGACUAUCUCAAACGUGUAAAGAAUCGCGAAGAAAGAUCCAAACAUUUCUUCGACACUUCAGUCCCACUUAUGGAUGAUGGAGAGGACACAACACUAUACGAUCGGGGUUUUACAGAUGACCAGUUAGUAUUAGUGCAACAAAACACAGUAUUGGUGGAAGAACGGGAGCGAGAAAUCCGACAAAUUGUACAGUCCAUUUCAGAUCUCAAUGAAAUUUUUAGAGAUUUAGGAACAAUGAUAGUUGAACAGGGUACAGUUCUUGACAGGAUUGAUUUCAAUGUUGAACAAUCAUGUGUUAAAACAGAAGAAGGAUUAAAACAGCUACAUAAGGCUGAGCAAUAUCAAAAGAAGAAUCGGAAGAUGCUGGUCAUUGUAAUAUUGUCUGUUAUAAUAAUUGUCCUUAUCAUUAUCCUCAUUGCUGUAAAAUCUCGCUAAGUGACACUCCAGUAACGUUUUUUGUGUAUGUAUAUUUGGGGAGGCAGGGUGGAUUUUUGUGUGUUGUGUUUUUCCCCCUUUCCUUUCUUGGUUUAUUUGUUUCUGAUACGAAUGGGUUGAGCCAGUGCUUUGAAAGCUGACUUUGGGAUGAAUGUAUAAACCCUAGUGCUGCAAAGUCUGUGCAAUGUUCCUAAAGAUAUCCCCUCUCCAUUUUUAUAUGUUGAACGGAUAGGAAAGUUGACAGUUUGCAAAAAGACUUGGAAGAAGUGCCACAAAAUCAGAUAUCUGGUUAUUUAUUUCUGCACUUGAAACACUAAACGUGCUUUUGUAAAGAAACGGUUAAGAAUGAAGGUAUUUCAGGAACUUUAAUUUCUUCAUUGAGAAGCUGAUGGUGUUGUAUGUCAUCAUUUAUACUAGAGAGUCUUAGCUUUUGCAACCUUUCCAGGUUUCUAUUCGAGCAUGAUACCAAAAACUAUGAUUUCGAGGUACAAAUGCCUUAAAAAAUAACACAUUUGAUUUCACUUAAUUUUCACCUACAAUUAAUAAUUAGUGUAAACUCAUUCAAAUUAAACCUUUAAAAAAAAAAGCAGCAGAUAACUCAUACUCUGUGGCUUCAUAUCAUUGCUAUUCCCCUUCCUUCUAGAGUGAUAUCUAAGAAAUGUAAACGUAAAACUCAACCAUAAUCAGUACUAUAAAUUUAAAAUUAAUUCCUAAGCUUUAAGAAAUUAGUAAUGCCCUGCCUCCUCUCCAGCACUUUGCUUCUAAACUGAUCAUGCACUGUUUUUUUUAAUUGCAUGUAUUUUAAACACUCAGCUAUUAAGCCCAGGGUUGAAAGAAAAUCCUUUGCUUUCCCGCUUUUCUCCUCCCGCCCCAAAGAGUCUGUGUCUUUUUAUUAUAUAAGAAUCAACUGUGUUGUAUUUCAACCUCUGUUUGUAAAUACUGAACUAGAAAGUCAUGGUGGUAUCCACACAUGCUACUUCAACAGGAUGAAAUGAAAUAAAGUGGUAUGAUUAUUUGAAUCGUAUGUUUAGAUAGAACAUUUUGCUUUUUUAAAUCAUUUGACUACAGGGAGGGCUCAGGAGAAAUGUGGCAUACUGUUCAGCUGUGAUGAAGUGCUAUACUACUGGCUUAUGUGCAUCAGGAUCCCUUGGCUCCAUUAAUGUAGCAGUUGACUCUCCAAAUGGGUCAUUUUUAGCGGUCAAUAGUACCGGUUUAACUGGAUCCUCAAACUGCUCUGCAGUUUCAGGGGCCUUGCUUAAUCCUUAAAACACACACACAUUCCAUAUCAAAUAAUUUAUUGAAAGCUUUUUGUGCUGCAUCUCUUUCUGUUGUGAUGUAUUGGCACGGCUUGCCAGUGUUUUUCAGCCCAUCAGUAUGAUAAUAUCCGGUCAUGUCGUCUAUUAAUUCUUUUGCAGCUUUCCCUCAUUCAUUGAGCUCUUUGCACCAUUCAGACUCUCUAGAGAACAGUAGGCCACUGCUUGAAAAGGCAACUUUUGGGGUUUCAACUGCAGGUAGCAUGAUUUCUGGAGAUGCUAGGUGUUGAAGUCCAAAAGUAGUUUUUCAUGCUCUGCUCAAAGAUCGACCCUGAUUGUUUGUGGAGCUAGGUCUCAAUGAAUGAUACCUAAAGUCCUGCAUUUGCUGUCUUUCAGGGAAUGACUCCACCCUUAGGUUUAAGCAUAGUGGAAACUGGUGAAUAUUUGCAUAGUCAAUGAGAAAGAUGUUGUUGUCUCUGCAUCUGGAUGUUGUUGCAUUGGCCCUUGAUCUGUUGCAUCUCUGCUGAAAGUCGGGCAGGGAUUCAAGGGCAACAGAGAUUGGUUUUUGUAGAAUCAUAGGGCCCUUCCAGACAUGCCCUAUAUCCCAGGAUCUGAUCCCAGGUUUUCUGUUUAUCCCAGAUUAUCUAGCAAUGGGAACUCAUAUAAUGUUUAAAGCAAAAAACCCAGGAUCAGAUCCUGGGAUAUAGGACCUGUCUGGAAGGGCCCAUAGAAUUUGGAGAGUUCUUGUGCUGUUCUUUGCCAUAUUUGCAAACAUUGCUUAAACUGAAGGAGAACAAGUAGUUUAGAAUUUGGUUAGACUAUGUUUUGACAUCCUGCUAAACAGUUUGGCCCCUGUACACAUAGCCUCACCUACCGCAUUGGUUCUCAACCUGUGGGUCCCCAGGUGUUUUGGCCUACAACUCCCAGAAAUCACAGCCACUUUACCAGCUGUUAAGAUUUCUGGGAGUUGAAGGCCAAAACAUGUGGGGACCCACAGGUUGAAGACCACUGACCUACCUGCACUCGAUAAAAUAUAUCCUAAGAAUUCUCUAACAUCCAGGCAAUUGUAUGGUAUGUUUCCACCAGAAGUUACUAUAGAGUUGCCCUAGAGCAGGUUUUUCAACCUGCAGCUUUCCAGGUAUUUUGGACUUCAGCUCCCAGAAUUCAUGACCAUUGAACAAGUCUGGCUAGGGCUCCUGGGAUUGGGAGGCCUAAAUACCUGGAGGGCUGCAGGUUGAAGAGGCCUAAUUUUAGAUAUGGGGAUUAUGCUGUAUUUAGUUAUGUAUCAACAGUUGUAUAGUUUUACUGUGGGCCACGGUGGCGCAGUGGGUUAAACCACUAAGCUGCAGAACUUGCUGACCGGAAGAUUGGUGAUUUGAAAAAACGGUGCUAAAAAUGGUGAGCUCCCAUUUUUAGCCCCAGCUUCUGCCAACCUAGCAGUUCGAAAACAUGCAAAUGUGAGUAGCUCAAUAGGUACCACUUUGGCAGGAAGAUAACGGCUCUCCAUGCAGUCAUGGCAGCCACAUGACCAGGCGUCUACGGACAACACUGGCUCUUCGACUUAGAAUUGGAGAUGAGCAUCACCCCUCACAGUCAGACCUCGACUAAACUUAAUGUCAAGAGGAAACCUUUACAUUUACCUAGUUUCAAUGCAGUGAUUGCUUUUGUUCAAGGGUGUGCAAAGUGGACCCAUCCAGAUAUUGUUGGACGACAACGUCCAGCAUUCCUUAUUAUUGGCUGCACUGUCAAGGGAUGAUGCGAAUUGAGAUCAAAUAGCAUCUAGAAGGCCCCAGUUAACCUAUGUCAGGGUGCGCUGGCAAGUCUCCGGAUAAUUCAUGGUAAAUCAAUGAAAAGUUUUCUUAUGCCAAAUCAAGGAAACUUAGGGAUAUGACUUUUUAAUUAAAGAAAUCGUAGCUCAUUUCUUGUAUGUAUUCUUGGGCUAAGUACAUGCCCAGAAGCACUCUCUUCCUUACUCUGCUGCUGUUUUUCUCCCCAUCUACCCCCAUCCACAAAUCAAUAUUUUAUACCUGGCUCUGUUUAGUAGAUGUAAAAAAGCAAAGAAAAUGGUGAGCCUCAAGCCUGCCGACUGAUGAUCUGGAUCUCUGAUCUAUGUCUGAGAUGUACAGAUGUUUUUCUGCCCUGACAGCUCGUUUCAUGUGUUCAAGAAGAGCUUCAACAGUGUGAGAGCAAGAUAAACUGAUGUGGCCCAGGCACAUGCUACUCAUUUUGGAGAUAGACCAAAAUCAUGUGUUCGCCGUUAAAUGAAGAAUCAACCUCAAAUAACAAUUGCUUUCUGUUUUGUUUCCAUUGUGAUAAUGUUCAACAUGCCGAUGUUAACAUUCUGUUUUUUAAGCAUUGCCACUGUCAAAGGAAAUAAGAAAUAAAGUAUGGUAGAACACAGUGAGUGUCUACAUUA